UGACCUAUCUGGCGCCUCCCAGUUGAGCUCGGUGUACUGCCAUGACGUCACAUCCUGAAGUUGGGUUUUACGCUCCUUGAGGCUUCAUAAACAUAGGACAGUCUGUGGGGAACCAACAGUUUCAGUUCCACGUCUCUACCCGCUGUACAAACCACCACGGCGUAUUUCUAACUUUGAACACUUCAUCACUUAACAAUGAAUUUUUUUCUGGAAACCAUACAAGUCAUCCUUUUGUCCAUCUGGUACAAUGUGGAAUCCUUCAUUCACUGCUUUAUAGCCAAGAAGAGGAAGAACGUAUCCGGUGAGGUAGUUCUAAUCACAGGGGCGGGCAGUGGAAUUGGUCGUCUUAUGGCCCAGGAGUUUGCAACUCUUCAAACUACGGUGGUUUUGUGGGACAUAAACCAGGAAGGCAUGAAGGAAACUGCCAAUUUGGCCAAGGAGAAUGGAGCCAUUCGAGUUCACUACUAUCUUUGUGACUGCAGUGACAAAAAUGAGGUUUACAGAGUGGCUGACCAGGUAAAGCGGGAGGUGGGUGAUGUCAGCAUUUUAGUAAAUAAUGCUGGCAUUGUAACUGGAAAAAAGUUCAUGGAUGCUCCUGAUUCCCUAAUCCAAAAGACAAUGGAGGUCAACACCAUGGCACACUUCUGGACCUAUAAGGCCUUCCUACCUGCCAUGAUCGCAAAUAAUCAUGGCCAUCUGGUCAGCAUUGCCAGCUCUGCAGGACUCAUUGGAGUCAAUGGAUUGGCAGACUACUGUGCCAGCAAGUUUGCAGCAGUAGGUUUUGCAGAAUCAGUGGGUCUGGAACUCCUGGCGACUGGAAAAGAUGGUAUCAAGACCACCAUUGUUUGCCCGUACUUCAUUAAUACUGGACUGUUCGAUGGAUGUCAAACUAAAUGGCCAAGACUGCUUCCAAUCCUUGAUCAAAGUUAUGUUGCCGAGAAGAUCAUCGAGGCUGUCCUCACGGACCAAGUGUUUCUUCUGAUGCCAAAGAGCAUAUACAUCAUUGCUGCCCUUAAGAAUAUCCUCCCAAUGAAGCAGGGCCUUCUGCUCGGUCACUACUUGGGAGCCUUCAACGUGAUGGAUUCCUUCAGGGGGAAAAACCCGAAAGAAGGACGAGGGACAGAGGAGGGAGAAGGAUGGCAGAAAUAAAAGGAGACUUGGAAUCAUGAAGUCCUACAGUUUGGAUGGAUUUUCGGUGGUUCCAGAGUGGUUCAAAUUAAGUCCUAUUUUCUUUUGUACAGUGCAUAUUGUAGACAUCCAACCACUUGUCUUUUCCUUUGGGCUUGUCCCUUUAGGGGUCGCCACAGCGCGUCAUCCUUUUCCAUCUCCUGCAUCCUCCUCUCCAACACCAAUGGCCCUCACGACAUCCAUCAACCUUCUCUUGGGUCUUCCUCUGGCUCUCUUGCCUGGCCGCUCCACCCUCAUCAUCCUUCUACCAAUAGACUCACUCUCUCUGUCCUCUGGACGUGUCCAAACCAUCCAAGUCUGCUCUCUCUAACUUUGUCUCCAAAACAUCGAACCUCGGCCGUCCCUCUGAUGAGCUCAUUUCUAAUUUCAUCCGACCUGGUCACUCCGAGCGCGAACCUCAACAUCUUCAUGUGCUCUGCUUCCUGUCGUCUCUUCAGUGCCGCUGUCUCUAAUCCGUCCAUCAUGGCUGGCGUCACCGCUGUCUGAUAAACUUUGCCCUCCAUCCUAGCAGAGACUCUUCUGUCACAUACAGUAACACACCCGACACCUUCCUCCACCCGUUCCAACCUGCUUGGACCCGUUUCUUCACUUCCUUACCACACUCACCUUUGCUCUGGACGGUUGACCCCAAGUAUUUCAAGUCCUCCACCCUCGCUAUCUCUUCUCCCUGUAGCCUCACUCUUCCCCCAGCGCCCCUCUCAUUCAUGCACAUAUAUUCUGUCUUACUUCGGCUAAUCUUCAUUCCUCUGCUUUCCAGUGGAUGCCUCCAUCUUUCGAACUGUUCCUCCACCUGCUCCCUGCUUUCACUGCAGAUCACAACGUCAUCUGCAAACAUCAUGUGUUUCCCAUAACUUCAUUGUGUGGCUCAUCAACUUUAUUCCUCUAUAGUUCCCAGAGCUCUGCACAUCACCUUGUUCUUAAAAAUUGCAUGCUGGAGCCUAUCCCAGCUAUCUUUGGGCGAGACGCAGGGUACGCCCUGAACACAUUGCUACUACCUACAGUAUUUCCCAUGCAUCAGCAAAAUGCAAAUCAGAAAUCAAUCCAUACAUAUUACUAUGAAUGACUUUAUCCCCGCUGAAGUGAAAAUUAAGAUUUUAAAAACAACAGUCCCUUAAACUAUAUAUGUGAAUAGUCGGUGCUGUCCAACUCAUUUCUUUUUGCAUUUUGUACUGUAUCAGAAGCACAUCACCCAAGGGAUAACCAUCCGGAACGCUGACUUUACUAAUUGUUCCUAAUUUUAUACCUCUGCUUGGAAAUCUUUGGUAUGCCUUGCGUAUUUCGAUACGCCAAGACAAGUCAUAUGGUUCAUUGCGUUCCGUUGGGGCUCGAUCGCAGCGAGCCAGUGACAUGGAGGAUAUCCAUUGUAAGGAUUUAUACUUUGUAUCAUUCGCAGCUUCGUGAACAUUGCACAUUUCUGAAUUCUCCAUUCAUAAACGGAUAUAUUAAGCAUGGACGAAAUCUUUUGAUGGCUUGUUGAACAUCAAGUAUAAUCAUUCCAUUAUUUGUCAUCUAAUGAGUAAUUACUGAGAUGUAUGUUGAUAAAAUUGAAGCAAAAUAUAUAACUGACUGUCAAAGUAAACUUUAAACAGAAAUGCUGACUUUAACCGCUUUCUCACAUUUGUGAAAAUUCAUUUGAAUAAAUACUUCAAUUUCAAA